AUGGCCCCUUCAAGUUGUACAUCAAACGACCGUGUUGGCACUCAAGUUGCAUUCUUCAAUGGGCAACAGGUUUCAAUCCCAUCCUUGGAGUCCUUGACAAUGGUUGGACUUCCCAAUCUGGAAGAUAUAUGGACCGAUGAAUCUCCGUUGGGGCUGAGCAGUCUCCAAUUUCUUAAGGAAAUUUUUGACCUCGAUGGACUAGGCGCUGAUGCAAAUAUUGAGACUCUCUCUGAGCUAAACACCAUCUAUAUAAAGAGAUUACCAAGCUUGAGGUGCAUAUGGAACAAGAAUCCUUGUGGAAUUGUGAGGUUCCAUAAUUUAAAGCAAUUGAAGGUGUCUGACUGUAAGAGCCUCGGGUUUCUGUUUUUCCCAUCCAUGGUUCAAUCUCUCCUGCAAUUGAGAGAACUAGAGGUUGCGUUUCCUAGCUUGGAGACAUUACGCAUCUGGUGUAUGAAUAGUAUUGAUAUAAUAUGGGACAAUCAAGUUGCUAGGGAGUCUUUCCGCAAACUAAAGUCACUCAGCAUUUAUGGAUGCAACAAGCUAGUGAACAUUGUUCCUUCUUACAUUCUUGGACGGCUCAAGAGCUUGGAAAGUUUGGAGGUAGAAUCAUGUGGUUCGCUUGAAGUUGUUUUCAAACUGCAGCCAUUGAGUCCUCUAGAUGGACAUCCCAUUGCUUGUUUCCCGUUAAAAAAGUUGGAGUUAGAGGGAUUAUCAAAGCUAAAGCAUGUAUGGGACAAGGAACUUCACAGUCAAGUCCAAUUCCAGUGUCUCCGUUCCGUUACCGUUUCCGAAUGCGAGAGCCUCACCUCUCUGUUUCCAGCCUCAAUAGCUAGGGAUCUAACGCAACUUGAGGAGUUGAAGAUCGAUGAAUGUGGUGGCAUUGUGGAACUCAUCGAGAAGGACGGACUAGAUCCUAGGGAUGUGUUCCCUAAGUUAGCCUCCCUCGAGCUUAAGCGUCUACCAGAGUUGAAGUGCGUCUACACAGGGACACAUGCUUUACGUUGGCCAGCAUUGAAGAUCUUGAAGGUGGAUGGCUGUAACAAAGUGGAGAUACUUGCUUCGCAACCUGAGAAUGAGAUGCCACUUCAUGAACAACCUCUCUUCUUGAUAGAAAAGGGCGCAUUCUCAAAUCUACAAGAGUUAAAAUUGGAUUUAUAUGGAGGGAUGGAGAUAUGGCAUGGGCAUUCUCAUGAUGGAGAAUCCUUUUGCAAGGUUAGAGUUCUCGAGCUUCAUCAUUUCUCGAAGGAAUCUGCAAUAUCCACAUGUCGUCUUGUUCGGAGUUUAACCAACUUGCAAGAGCUGGUUGUACGCAAUUCUGAUAUAGAAGAGCUAAGCGACAUUGUGGAAGCCAAAGAAGGCCCAAGGCACGACCUAAAAGCAAUACCACCAUUUUCCAGAUUUUUUCAACAUCUCAAGACUCUAGAUGUGUCAUUUUGUGAUGGGUUAUCAAAGAUGUUCACACCAACAAUAGCUGGCAAUUUGGUGGAACUCACGAAAUUGAGGAUAAGUAAAUGCAAAAUGUUGACAGAAGUCAUUUGUGACGAUGGAGGUGAGGAGGGGCUUGUGGUGGUUUUCAAUCAAUUGAAGUAUAUGGAGCUUGAUGGGUUGAUGGGGUUGAGAUGUUUCAGCUCAAGUAAAUACGCUUUAAUGUUUCCACUCGUGGAAGAUGUCAUUGUGAGUGGAUGUCCCAGCAUGAAGUUCUUCUCCCGAGGGACCAAUAAAUACUCCAAAGUUGGAGAGAGCUACGAUUGCCGGAGUAAAGUUUAUGCAACCUGCCCGAGUUUCCCGAGCUAA